ACCUGAACAGCUUGAACAUAGAUUCUAGAUGAGCCAUCUCUUCCAGUCAUGGCGCCGCUGACGGUGAUAAAGCCACAGCCAGAGGCCAUAGAGUUUCGCAUCGCGCGGGAUGGCUCAUUGACAGCAUGGGUGAAGCUUCAGAAUAUGUGGGAAGGCCAAGUGGCGUACAAGAUGAAGACGACAGCGCCCAAAGACUACACCAUCAAGCCAGCAUCCGGGUCCAUUCGGAUGGGGGAAUUCCACGAUGUGCAAAUCGUGCGAAAACCACCAGAAGAUGGAGGAAGUCCGGGCAGCGGGAAGAAAGUAAAGUUCAUGGUGCAGGCAGCUGCCGUCACUACUCAGGCUCAGAAGCUGCUGUUAUAUGCAGCCGACAAAGGCAAAGCAGCUGGAAGGACAAAGUUCUGGGAUAGCAUCUCGAAGGAGGACCUACAAGAACAACAGCUUCCUGUGAAGUUGCCAUCAGAGGAGCCAGAGUUUGAGGAUGCGAUGGAGGCGCCUGCAGAAACCCAAGAGCCUUCAGCAGACGCGACCCGCAGCGAACUGUGGAAAGCUCGGAAAGCCCGAUCGCAGGAGAUGAAAACGGGGAAGUCUGCUGAAGACCUUGAAGAAGGACCUCCCGGAGGUGCUGGUGCCGGACGCGGAAACGCCGAAGCAACCUUCCUGGCAGCCAUUGAGGAUCCAAAGCCCAGAAAGGGAGAAAGAGAAAGAGAAGAUGAUGAGAAAGAGAAAAGCGCGGGAAGACACAAAGCGCAAGGGUAUGCUGCGGCAGGCAAGCUGACUGAUCAAGACUUCGAUGAUAUCAUCGGCCGAAUGACCAAACUUGGCCCAGAUGGGAAGCCAGUCGUUCAGGUCAGCAGGCCAGCCCCAGCUCCAGCACCUGCUGAAGGUGAUCCGGCUCGGGUGUCACCAUCUCUUGGGCCAUCACCGGCACCAGAAGUCGAACGUAAGCCUUUGCAGCUUACCAGUGCCGCCAAGUCACAGCAGAAACAUGAUGUUGUGUUGCAAGGCCAUUCCCGGCCAGUCACAUACAUUGCUUUUGAUGAAUCUGGCAAAGUCUUGUACACCUGUGGCAAGGACAAGCUGGUCAUUGCGUGGAGUGUGCCAGAGGGCGAGUGCCUUCGGAAGUACGAAGGGCACAGGGGAGCGGUGUGGGCAUGCUCCUUGAAUGAUGAGGGCCUACUGCUGACCUGCGGCGCGGACAACUAUGUGCUUCUUUGGCAGGCGGAGUCCGCUCAGAUUCUUUGCGAGGUGGAGCUCCCUGGUGUUGUCCGUUGUGUUGAAUGGUCGCACGGGCUCUCCUACCGCUUCGCAUGCUGCUGCAAUGGCUUCAAGGCCAAGCCUGCUGCUGUGGGGGUCUUUGAAUUCUCAUCGCUCAAUGGCGCCACUACUGCAAAGUGCCACGUUUCCAUCGAGGUUCCAAAGCUACCGUCUGCAGCGACACAAGUCGCUUGGGCUGGCCCGUACCGAGAAUGGCUUUGCUCCUUGCACGAAGCGGGCCUGGUGAUUUUUUGGAACUCCCUCACCGGGUCCGAGUUGGCUCGGCUUCCAGCCCAUGAGGAUGCUGUGUCGAAGAUUGCAAUCCCACAUGCUGAUGGGCGGCUUUUGGCAUCAUGCGGAAGACAAGAUAUGGAGGUCCGACUUUGGUGCCUUGCUCGACCGCAGAGUGAUGAUGAAGGCAGCGACUUCGAUGAUAUGGGAGGGGACAAACCUACGCCAGAGCUCAUGAGAAACUUCACUUGUGAUCGGCCACUUAACUGUGUGGCAGUCCGGCCAUCGUUGCUUUGCAGCAAGAGGGCGUUUCUUGAGGUAACGGAGGUACUCGAACACACAUUGCAGAAAAGCUAUCAGCUAUAA